AUCGUCGGCUACUUCUCGAAAGAGAAACAGUCAUUCCUAUCGUAUAACGUGUCCUGUAUUUUAACACUACCUCCGUAUCAAAGACAGGGCUACGGCCGGAUGUUAAUUGAUUUCAGUUAUCUGUUGACCAAAACGGAGGGCAAAGUGGGCUCACCGGAGAAGCCGUUGUCUGAUUUGGGACUCAUAUCGUACAGGAGUUACUGGAAGAAAGUGAUACUCGAGUACCUGUCCUCCUACGAGGCCAAAGAUAUAUCCAUUAAAAACGUUAGCUCACAGACCGGUAUCAACGCCUACGACAUCGUGUCGACCCUCCAGUCGAUGGGAAUGUUAAAGUACUGGAAGGGUAAGCAUCUGGUGCUCACCCAGAAGGAGAUACUCGACGAGUUCCGGGCGAAGCUCAAGAAGCAUCGCAAGAAUCCCAAACUAAUUGAUCCCAAAUGUCUGCACUGGAAGCCGAAGGUCAAGUGAUUUGACCGCUUUGUUUUUAUAUGCCACUGUUUUCGCGGUGUAUCUGUUUUGUUGGCCACUCUAUUAGCAUGUAUUGAGAAACUCUUGGCCCCGAAAAAUGUAUACUUUUAUUCUCAUUAUUAUUAUUAUCGUUGAUAUUAACCAUCGAUUCGCUCGAAACUGUGGCUAAAAUAUGAUUAAGACAUUAAUUGAUUGAUAAAUAUAUUAUGUUUAAUAUAAAUAGCGUUUAAAUCACGUCGAGUUUAGAUACCAUUUGUUGUAAAAGUCAUUCAUGUUUUUUCUCUCGUAAAUUUUCAUUCAUUCAAAUUGUCAUCGCAUUUACGAUUCCUGGCCCCUCCCUGUCCUCCACGGGGGCCCCCUCUCUCCUGCCAGCCCUUCCACACCUCUCAACCAUAAUGAA